CGAGUACACCGUCGCCACCCUGGAAUCAAAACCCCUUCCCCGUCACCACGAGUGAGCGCCUUUCUCUACACACAGAAAACCAGUCCACGACGGACCUGAGCGAUCCCGCAUCCUAAACCAUGGCAUCGCCGCCGAAGCCCUGGGAGCGCCAGGGCGCCGCUUCUGCACCAGCACCAGCGCCAGCGCCAGCACCAGCGUCAGCGCCAGCAUCAGCGUCCGCACCUGCACCAGCACCUGCCAUGCCGGCCGCGACCGCAAACGCCACGACAACCACCGCAACAACCACCACAUCUUCCACAACACCCGCGAUACCCGCGCGACCACCAUCCCUGACCACCACUGUAAACCAGAACGCCGCCGCGUACGGCAGACCCUACGGGACCACUCCAUACAACGCCUACGGCACGGCAUACUCAUCGCCCUACGGCUCGCCCUACGCCAGGUACGGCGGCUACGGCGGAUACGGCGCCGGCAUGUACGGAAGCUAUGGGGGAGGCUACUACGGAGGCAUGUACGGAGGAUUGCCCGGCGCCAUGCCCAACGACCCAAACAACCCGGAAAGCCUCACCCAGCGCUUCAGCAUGAGCACGCAAGCAACCUUCCAGAUGCUGGAGGGAAUUGUUGCUGCCUUUGGCGGCUUUGCGCAGAUGCUGGAGAGCACCUACAUGGCCACGCACUCCAGUUUCUUCGCGAUGGUGUCUGUCGCUGAGCAGUUUGGCAACCUCCGCGACACCCUCGGGUCUGUGCUUGGCAUUUUCACUUUGAUGCGCUGGAUCCGCACCCUGAUUGCCAAGCUCACGGGGCGGCCGCCGCCUGCCGACGCCAAGGCCCUGACGCCCGCCGCCUUCGCCCGCUUCGAAGGGCGCCAGAGUCCCCUCCCGGAAGGCGGCCCUCCGAGGCCCAGCCGCAAGCCGCUCCUCUUCUUCCUCCUCGCCGCUUUCGGCCUGCCCUACGUCAUGAGCAAGAUCAUCCGCUCCAUGGCCGCCAACGCCGAAGAGGAAGAACGCCGGCGGCAACUUGUCGCCCAGCAGCAGUCGCUUGACCCGAACAACCUCGAGUUCUGCCGCGUGCUCUACGACUUCUCGCCCGCCGCCCAAGGCCAGGCCGUCGUCCAAGGCGUCGAUCUUGAGGUGCGCAAGGGCGACCUGGUCGCGGUGAUGAGCAAGAGCGAUCCGCUCGGCAACCCGAGCGAGUGGUGGAAGUGCCGCGCCCGCGACGGCAGGAUCGGCUACCUGCCAUCGACCUUCCUCGAGGUCCUGCGCAAGCCGGGACAGCCCAUCGCCGCCAUCAAGGACACCGCCGCGAGCGAGAGCAGCAGGGCCAACUCGCUGACCAGCACCAUCAGCACGUCUGGCGUGCAGACCCCGGCCAGCGUUCCCGCCAAGCCGCCUGCCUUGCCGCAUACCAAGCUCGGCGACGUUACGGUCGAGAGCUUCCAGAAGUCACAGUUCUGCUCUUAAGCGGAGGCGGCCGCAGCAGAAGUUGGAGAAAGCACUUGCAUGACCAGGCGAUGUCCGCCUCCUCGAGCUAAACCAAUGCCACCACCAUCACCACAACCGCAAACAAUAAUCCGUCUGCUGAACAAACAACAAUCUUGCUUCGAAACCAACUCUGGCAGCACCACCACCACCACCAACCACCAACCGCUUCGCACAAAGAGACCACCGUCUCCAGUUGCCCUCCACAUCUUUGCUAGC